AAAGGUACAGCAUGGCACGUACGAAGUCGUUGAUGGCUGCAGCGCCGAGAGCAUUGACUAGACGCGCAGUCACCUCGACGAGGAAGACGAUGACCAGAACCGACGGCAUCGUGGUACGCCGCAAGUGGUUGACGAUAGUUGUGGUUGAGAAGCAAGAUCAGGCAUGCUUUGCGGUGGACAGAUUUGUGGGCGAUGUCAUCACCCCUCCAAAUCCACUUCUCGGGUCAAUUUCCACCUGGUACCUUACGUGUGCCUUACCCUGAACGUCACGUCAGCUCGCCAUGAGCACAACACACAAUGUCCAGAGCGCUUGACCAAGGCGUCAAAGAGGCCCUGAAAAAUGGCGAUCACCAGGCAGUCUAUGUCUCUAUUUCAGGCUUGCUUCAGCAAAACCAUACAUCCCUAUUGGAAAUAGAAUUGCUCGGACAAGCCUAUCCGCUCAAUGUUGGGGUAAACUUCAUCCAGGAACAAAAUGCAGUUGCCAUACCAAAACUGCGACUGGUGCAAGCUUUCAUCGUUGCUCGUCAGGUCUUACAAAGGCGUCAAGACGAUGCACACCGAGUGCCGCGGGAAAUCUUGCCAGCCACGGCCGUGAUCAUGCUCAUGGACCCAGAGCACCUCACAGCAGCCAAUGUACGCAAGCGCACGCUCCUCAGCGCAGACGCCGUGGGUACCGAAAUAAUACAACGCCUGAACCAGGAAAAGUACUUCAUUGACAGUCUGCUUACGAGUCGGUUGCAUCGCCACACAAAGUCGCCGACGCUAUGGAGCCAUCGCCGCUGGUUGAUGGGGCAGUUUGCGCAGCAUGGGCAGCCCAUCGACGCGAUGCAGGACAUUACAAACGUCGUGUACGUGUCAGCAGAGAGGCACCCUCGGAACUACUACGCGUGGUGUCACGCUCGCCAACUGAUUGACGCGAGUCCGACGCCACUGCGGAUUUGCUCAGGGCUCGUUGAUCCUACCAUGAAGUGGUGCUUCCGUCACCACGACGACGUCUCAGGGUGGAUGUUUCUCCUUUGGCUGCUGGAGAGAGACAGCGAACAUUGCAAAGAUGUUUUUGAUGAGACCGUGAAGCUGGCACGCUCAUUUCAUUGGCGGAAUGAGUCAAUCUGGUACUUUCUCCGCAACUUGGUGUUGUCUGCGGCAUCUCAGGGUCGCCUGACUGGGCAGUUUCAUGAAGCCUUGAUCGAACUUCAAGACGGGGCGACUGUGAACGACAGCUGCAUGCUGAGAAGAACAUUGCAAUGGGUCGAUCAAUGGUCUAAAUGAGGCGUGGGCGACUGAUCGGCCAACAGCGACCAUUGAACUACCUUCUCUCGCCCUUCGUAUCUUCAGCAGCACAUUCCACACGCAAUUGCUCACAUCCCUCCAUUCGAGCCAAGAGAUUGCUUUGAGACCUUUCGGAGACUUUCGCGUGGCCAUGGGGUGUCUUGUCACUAGUGACUACGGAUAAUGACAACGUUGAUGCGGCUUGAGACUGUCUCACGGGGUCGUCAGAACUUGGCUUCCAGGAACGCCAUGCCAAAACACAGGAAUUGAAACAUGAUGACUUUGAUCAUUGCUGUGGAGGGAUGACAUAUCCUGUCACCCUGA